AAUACCAGGAGGUGGGCAGCGCAGCAGAGGAAGCAAUGACUGACACCGAACAAAUCUUCAUCAGCACCUCAUACGAUGUCAAAAGAGUUGCCCAGCAACACGCAGGCCAUUAUCGCUGCUGGGCUUGGAACAGCCAGGAUGACGCGGUUGUCAAUAGCCCAGAAGUGUUGAUCAGAGUUGUGUCUUCUUCGCCGUUGCGGCUGUGGGUGUUCACCAGACGGCUGACUGAGGGGACAAUCUGCACGCGCACUGCAGCGUGAAACAUAAGGCGAGGUUCCUGGUGAUGGGGCUGGAAUACAAACCCGACGGCCAGAAGGUGUACCAACCACUCGUCGACAACCAGGUAGUGGAGACGACGCCAGUCAACUGUUCCUGUAUGGCCAAGAUGGCAUCACGAGACGUGAAGGUGGUGGUGGGUAAGCAGCAUGGCGGUCUGAUUCGCUGCUGGGUCCAGCGUCUGGAGAAGAAUGUGAAGUUAUGGAGCAGACCAAUGAGAGUGACCGUUACUCCGCGACAAGCUGCCAACGUCACGACAGCCAGUGUGACAGAGGAAAGGCCUAUAGGUCACAUCACCAGUGAUCUGCAGUAUGCACCCGACACCAUUACCGCUGGACAUGGCCUACCCACAAACUUAUCCAGCAGAGGGACAGACACACAGCCUGCCCGCUAAUGUUAACCAGAUAGAAAGGAUAUAUAUAUAUAGAGAGAGAUAAAGACAGUAAGGAAGGGAGCGGUAAAGAGCAGACUACAAUAAUUUUAUCUGAUUUCAUUUUACAUGAUCAUUCUGUUAGCAGGUUUGCAACAUUUGUGUAUGUAUUCUGUGCCUCGGUGUGUGUGUGUUUGUAUGUGUGUGCACGCGCGUCUACUCAUGUGUGAGCAAAGUUCUGGAGAUAAGUAAUCGAUAUGGCUGUACGCAAGCAAAUCAUGAACUAUUUGUGAUGAUAUCAUCGUCAAAAAGCAACAUAGUAGCAAUAUUUGUCCUAGUGUGUCAGUGGGCAGCUGGUCAUUAAAUUAUUUCAGAAAUAUC